AUGUAUACCACACCCUUGAAGGUUCGGCGGAGGGGCCCGUCCCUUGCACAGCCUCUAAGCGCCGCCUCGCGCAUCGUCAAGAAGCUCGUCUUGCGGGGUCAAGCCCAGUCCAAUGGCGCACGCUACUUUCUAUACCUCAAAGUCACUGUGCCUGCUGGCACUGCUGAUCAAUCCUAUGCUUUGCUGCCCGAUGUCAACAUCAAGCUCAUACACGCCGAAGUCGAUGCUCUCACCUCCACGGGCGGCUAUCCGCCACUGCACGAGUCUGCCGCAAGAGCUGCUGGCUAUCUAGGCAUACCCAUGAGCUCCACUUCUGCCAUCACCUUGGACCAUCUACCGCUACCGCGAGUCACUACUGCCAACUAUGCAAUCACACUCAACGUCCCCACUCUCCCCAUCGAGGAUGGCAUGUCGUCCUUAAGCUACCUCAUCUCCCUCCAGGUGGAGACUGACCUCGCAGCACAACCUCCGCGGUCACCAUACACACUACGGCUACCCGUGCCGCGCUGCCUGCAUUCUCGCAUUCACUUCAAAUUCCCUUCGGAGUUGCUCGAUUCCGACGAAGUGCAGGUCAUGGUGGACCCGCCCCUUGGUCCACGGGCUCGCAGGGGGAGAAAGUCGCUCGAGAACGGCGAUGACGAUGGCAGAAGCACGACCACCGCUUACAGCGAAGACUCAAACGAAGUCGAGGAGUCAGAAGAUGGCGACGAAGACGCGCACGUCGCAAGCUACACCCAGACGAUGAGCUGCCCUCCUUGA